AUUCUGAAAUCCCCAGCCUGCAGCGCAGAGAGACCACGAGUCGCAGAAACCUAGGCACGGCACGGCCGCGGCCGCCGGCGGCGCGGCGGCGUAGGCAUCCGGCGUCCUGCCUUCCUUCCGAACCUCUGGCCUCUCCGCUUCGUCUCGGCGGAAGCCCAAGGCCGCUGUGCUCCGUCUCGGCGUCGCCUUCACCCUGUUCCCCGGCGCUCCUGCAGCAACUCCGGCUCUCGUGCAGCAACUGAGCCACUCCGACAGUUUAAUCUGGAUUCUGAAGCAAUGAGUACCUGUAAAAAGGCCAGGGCAGAAGCUACAUCUAUUGUGAGCUCAGACAGACUGAGCAAUCUACCUCCAGAGAUAAAGGGCAACAUUCUCUCCCUUUUGAAUGUUGAAGAAGCAGUUAGGACUAGCACCUUAUCAAGUACUUGGAGGGAUGCAUGGACUGAUAUGCCAGUAAUAUGUCUGCGCGAUGGAAAUUUUACAAGAACCAAGUUCAUUACGCUGGUCGAUAUGGUGUUAUCACUCCACAAGGGAACCAUAGAGGAGUUCUAUAUAUCAGUUAAAAGAAGUUACCAUGAUGAAUUGGCUAGGUGGAUGCUCAUGCUGUCAAGGAGAUCACCAAGAUCAGUUGUAAUCAAGUUGAACUCAGGGCUAGAGUAUAGGAUUCCCUCAUGCCUAUUUUCUAUGGGCAAUUUGAUGUUUCUGCUCAUGGAAAACUGCACCAUCAGGUUACCCCUGUUAUUCCAAGGUUUCAAGAGACUAACUCACCUCAGCCUGAAACUUUUCUCCUCCACAGACAUGGACAUCAAAAAUCUGAUCUCAUUCUGCCCUGUACUGACUGAUUUGAGAUUAGUUCGUUUUGAGGGCCUCAGGUGUCUAAACAUUCAAGCUCCUAAACUGGAAUAUCUUAAAGUUGUUGGGGGCUUUGAAGACAUUAAUUUGGAUGCCCCUAAUCUAGAAUGGGCCUUUCUAUCUCUUGAUCCCAAAGCUAAAGCGUAUCAAUCUGUUCCUAUUGCUCAUGACACGGAAAGCUAUGUCAGGAAGUCAUUGGGAAGCCUAAAUGACAUCAAAGCACUUGCAAUUAGUGGCAUUUUCAUGAAGUAUCUAUCAAAAGGGUGCAUACUUACGAAGUUCCCUGCCGUGUUUCAUCGCCUGGAGCAUAUUUGUCUUGUGAUAAGCUUUUCGGACCAGAGGCAAGUCUUGACUGCUUGUUCAUUGCUUCAGAAUGCCCCUAACUUAAAGAAGCUUGAUAUGUGGAGUCAUCCUUCGAGCACAAGGGAUCAGGAUCAGGCAAGCAUUCAAGAGCUUACCGAGCAAAUGCAAAUGGACCAUCUCGUAACGGCCAGUGUGAGAUGUUUCCAGGGUUUGGACUGCGAAAUCGAUUUUGUGGCAAAGCUAUUGAGCUGGUCACCUGCUUUGGAAGAAGUGGAAAUAGAGUGGAAGGGCGAAAUGGACCGCAGCAUGGUUCUUACCAAGCUAUUAGCUCUGCCAAGGGUGUCUCCCAGGUCCAAGAUCAUUGUUACAUGAUACUAUGUUCCCUCAUCACUUUGCCGAUCUAAUUUGCUGCGGGUAGAGUUGUUUUUUUUGCUUUGUUUAUGCGGAUCUACCAGCUAGGACUAUCUGAUGGUUAUAUAUUUGUGUGCAUUGGAUGCAGAUUAUCAGGUAGACGUAGUGUGUUUUGUUUAACAUUCGAUGGGAGUACUUAAUGUGCUAUCAGCAAGUUUUUUCCAUAUGAAACCCGCAAACCACUGCUGUCGUUCCUCGACAGCGUGAGUUCAUCUUGACCUGUUUUGUGCCUGUGUUUUGUCUGGUACAUUCCUGGUUGUAGCAAGUAUAUGUGUCCAUGAGAAGUGAUCAAAGGGAUCAAAUUGUACCUUGGUAUUGUACAUUCUGCAUGUGUGGACAGUUUUACUUUCGGAAAUCAAAGCAUUAUCAGAUUGGUUUA